GCCAAAUUAUUGAAUUGCUUUUAAUUAUCAGAGUAAUAACAAAAUAAUUGUACAAAUUAAUCAUAUGAAUUAUAUAAAUGACUUUUAUCACUGUCGACUCUUAAAACAAAAAACAAAAAUAAGAGUGAAUGUCGGCCAUGUGACAUUACCUUGCAUGACAAUAUUACACAGAAUGGAGCAGAAAACGAUGUCGUUGAGCGAAGUUCUAUUCCGCAGACGUUUUCUUGCUGCCAUUCACGGCUAACGAGUAACAACUGCCAAACGCAUAAUGGCGGCGAUUCCAGGAUAUCUGGUUCCCGCCAAAACCAUAACUUGCACAACCACCAUCCCCCAAUUCGCUGAAAACCCUAAAUCCACAAUCCUUCAGAAAUGCAGGAGCCGCAGGGACCUCAACCAAAUCCAUGCCCAUCUCAUCAAAACCCGCCUCAUCUUCAACCCUUCCCUCACCGAAAACCUCCUCGAAUCCGCCGCCAUUAUUCUUCCCAACGCUUUGGACUACGCGCUCUCCAUUUUUCGCAAAAUCGAGGAACCCAAAUCUUCCGCUUACAAUGUCAUUAUCAGAGCCCUCACCUACCAGCAAUCCCCUGACGAAGCCCUUCUUUUGUUCAAGCAAAUGUGUGCCAGCGCGGUACAUCCCGAUGAGUUCACUUUCUCCAGUGUCUUCAAAGCUUGCUCCAAAUUCAGAGGAUUGGUCGAAGGCCAACAGAUUCAUGCCCAUGUUGUGAAACGUGGGUUACAGUCGUAUGGGUUUGUCGAGAAUACGCUCAUUCAUAUGUACGCAAUAUGUUCCGACAUCCAGGUUGCUCGGAUGGUGUUCGAUGGAAUGCCUGAACGAGAUCUUGUUGCUUGGAAUGCAAUGUUAGCUGGGUAUGCAAAGAACGGAUGCUGGGAGGAGAUUGUGAGCUUGUUUCUUAAGAUGCUGGAAAUGAAUGUCGGGUUUGAUGAGGUGACGAUGAUUACUGCUUUAACGGCGUGUGGUAGAGUAGCUAAUCUGGAUUUGGGAGAGUGGAUUGCUCAAUAUAUUGAGGCAAAUGGACUGAAGGGGAAUACUAAUUUGAUAACUUCGCUUCUUGAUAUGUACGCAAAAUGUGGUCAGGUGGACGCAGCUAGAAUACUGUUUGAUCAAAUGAAGCAGAAAGAUGUUGUUGCAUGGAGUGCCAUGAUAUAUGGGUACGGUCAGGCAAAUAGAUGCUAUGAGGCUCUUGCUUUGUUUAAUGAGAUGCAAAAAGCUAAUGUCGAUCCUAACGAGGUUACUAUGGUUAGUGUGCUUUACUCUUGCGGGGUUCUUGGAGCUCUGGAGACUGGUAAAUGGGUUCAUUUCUAUAUCAAGAAAAAGAAACUGAAGCUCACUGUCACUCUUGGGACUGCUCUCAUAGACUUCUAUGCAAAAUGUGGGCUAAUAGACAGUGCUGUUGAAGUUUUUGAAAAAAUGACGACCAAAAGUAUCAUCUCCUGGACAGCGAUUAUCCAAGGGCUAGCUAGUAAUGGCGAGGGAAGAAGAGCUCUUGAGUUUUUCCAAUUGAUGCAGCAAGCAAAAGUUAAACCAAAUGAUGUGACUUUUAUCGGCGUUCUUUCUGCCUGUAGUCACGUGGGUCUAGUCGAGGAAGGUCGAACACUAUUCCUCAGUAUGAACAAGGAUUAUGGAAUUGAACCAAGGAUAGAACAUUAUGGUUGUAUGGUUGAUAUUCUUGGUCGCGCGGGUUUACUGGAUGAGGCAUUUCAGUUUAUGAAAAACAUGCCUUUGGAACCAAAUGUAAUAGUUUGGAGAACACUUUUGGCUUCUUGUAGAGCGCAUAAAAAUGUUCCAAUCGGUGAAGAAUCAUUUAGACAGAUAGUGCAAUUGGAGCCGGCUCAUAGUGGGGAUUAUAUACUUCUAUCCACCAUAUAUGCUCUAGCGGGAAGGAGUGAGGAUGCUUUGAAAGUGAGGUCUCAGAUGAGAGAAAUGGGAAUUAAGAAAUCACCUGGUUGUAGCUUGAUUGAACUGCAAGGGGUAGUUCAUGAGUUCUUUUCUGAAGACGAUGAACAUUCUCAUUCAAAAGAGAUAUACAGAGCAACUGACGAUAUGAUCAAAAGGAUUAAGUUAGCUGGAUAUGAGCCGAACAUGGGCGAUGCAAGGAUAGAUGCAGAGGAGGAAGCUAGAGAAACUUCUUUGUCUCACCAUAGCGAGAAGCUGGCUAUUGCAUUUGGUCUUGUCAAUACUAAGCCGGGUUCUACAAUUAGAAUAUCAAAAAAUCUUAGAAUUUGUACCGAUUGCCACAAUGCUAUGAAGAUAAUAUCAAAGGUGUAUAACAGAGAAGUCGUUAUCAGAGAUAGGAAUCGUUUCCAUCAUUUCCGGGGGGGAUCAUGUUCCUGCAAUGAUUACUGGUAAACUCAAAGCACCUUCAUAGUCACGAUCAAGAUGAUGAAUAAUGCAGGCCAAAUUUUCGUUGGUUCUAGAUUGGGGGCUAGAAAGGGGUUUACUUAGGCUGUUCUUGUCCUGCCUGUAAUUGUUAAAAGAAGCCCCAAUUGGACUGCUUCCUAGUUACUUCUUUAGAUGCAUGUUAAUUUUAGUUCAGUUUCUCCAUUCGUUCCUUGGUUGGCGAUUUAUCUCUUCAGUGAGCAUAAUCAUUACAUGCUGAUUUGUUCUACACUCCAACCAGUUUUAAUUUCAGAGAAGUCUUCAUUUGGAAAGAUACAAAGCUUCCACUUGCGAGGAGAAAAGCAUCACACAUUUAAGAUGAAUGAAUAAUCCUUCAUUUGGUCUUCACAAUCUCGGUGUGACAAAAUAAGCCUACAGUGGGUCAGCUCUAAAACAUAAAACGCUAGCAGAUGCUACCUUGUCUGGAUCUUCAGCUAUGGCCCAUAAAGUGAAUACUGAAACGAAAGUGAACAUCAAACAUGGGUAUCCAGAAUUCUCCUUGACUCCUCUUAAUAUGUUUUAUUUGCUACUGCUAUGCACCCAUGCGAAAAAGAAAACUGAAAACGAAAGAAAUGUCUCCUAAGAUCUACGAUUCAAGGAUUAUGUUAGACAACUCAUGCUAUUCAGUGUUUGACUCAAACAUCCCAUAUGAUCUUAUUCCUAUUGAUUGGCUGCUGUUGAAAAGUCGAUAUCUUAGUGGCUACAUUGACACCCUGCAACACUUCAAUUAGCUUUCGGAUGGUUAGAGUCCUCAUACCAAUCAUGAGCCACCAAACUAAACGCAAAUGACAUGCAAAAGUGGGAUGGCGAAUCAUCUCUCAAGAGGGAAUCACCCUACCUGAGUAUUCUAUUGGACAACUCAUACUACUCAACGUAAAACUUAAAGCAUCAUGUUACUUUGAUCUCGUGGCAUCAAGAAUGCUCCCCACCGUGACAGAAUGUGCAGAGCACAAUGUUACCACCAUACGAGUUAUAAUUUAGCGCUAGAUGGAACUCUUGCUACAUUGCUACAUGAUUACGCUAAUUGGUAUGAUUGAAAUCCUACAUGAGACGAAAUGCACGGCAGGGAUAAAAGAGAACUGAUUUUCACUCGAACUGUAAAGGUAUCGAUCUGGACAUUUCACCAAUCUCCAAAAGCAUUGGUUGAUUUCUCCCUUGAAAUGCACGGUAGCGGACUAGACUCUUACCUAACCACAUUUUUAUCUAUUAUUCUCCCUUGAUUUCUCCCUUGAAGACGAUCUAUCUUCUUAUUCAAUUAUUAAAAGCAUUGGUUGAAGCAACAAAGAAAGCCAUUAGGCUUAAUUUCCUCCUUUCCUCUAGGAGUAUCCCCAGCGUUGUCACAUUCAGCCAUCAAAGAACUCGUGCCAGGGGACUCUGGUGAGAAGAUGGUAUUCUCAGAAGUGAAGAUUCUUGAAGGAAUCACCGGUUUAGGAGGUGAAACCGUGUAAAGAUAACUGAGCAGCAUUUGGAUUAUCUGGGUGAAGUUGGGCCGGGCAUUUGGGUCUUCUUGCCAGCAUGAAGUUAAAAUCACAGCCAAUUCUUCAGGGAGAUUCUCUGCACUGGGUCUUACAUUCUGAAAACACAAGGAGUAAUUCAAAUUAUUAGGCAAAUAAAUUAUAAAAAGUAUACAAGGGGCUUAGGAAAACGAUAUUAGAUGAGAACAUCUACAGAAUAAAGCAGAUGAAAUUUACUUUAAAGGCUGCCGCAUAAGCUGCCUGGAGGUUUGACAUGCCUUCAAAGGGUACUUUGUUAUGUAAGAGCUCCCACAGCACAAUUGCAAAGCUAUAGGCAUCCACUUUAUGGUUGUAAUGCUUCUUCUCUCCCUGCUUCAGUGUGACAGUGCUAUACAACUGCAAUUUUCAAUCGAUGUCAUCACUCCAUACGCCAGUCUCCACCUCUCCAUACAUAAUCACCGUUCAAAUAAGAAGAUAAAUGCAGAGAAAGGACAUCCAUUCCAUAAUAGAGUACCUCGGGAGCCAUCCAACGGUAAGUUCCUGUUUCAGCAGUCAUCAUCUCUGUUAGUGACUCCUCUCUAGCUAAUCCAAAAUCUGCUAGCUUGACUGUUUUCUGGUCUUCAGUCAAGAGUAAGUUUUCUGCAUACAAAAAAGAUUAAGGAAUAUUUUCAUUAUGUAUAUGAUUUAUGUUUCAACAAGUCAUAAAAUUAAUAUGAGCAAGGUUCAGUACUGCAGAGCUCAUAGCAGAACAUAGAUACAAUUGUUCAUCUUGUUACGCUGUGACUGCUUAGAUAAUUGAGUUGUUUAGAGAAUGUUAAAAGAAUGGUUUAUCAUA